AUGUUGAAGUUAAAGAAGAAGAUAGGAAGAACAGAUGAAGGGUGUAAUAAUAAAGAAAAACAGUUUGAGAUUUAUCCCCACAAAUUCUUCAAAAUCAUCCUCCCUCACACCCUUCACCAUAAAAUCCUGAGGAUUCCUGAGACAUUUACAAGGGAUUUCAGCCCUCAGCUUCCACUAUUCGCAACUCAAACUGUCCGAACCGGUCUUUCGUGGAAGCUUGAACUCGAAAGAAUUGACAACAAGCUUUACUUUACUCAAGGAUGGGCAGAUUUUAUGGAGCAAAAUGCUAUAAAAUAUGGUUACUUCCUAGAAUUUGAGUAUCAAGAAAAUGAGCACUUCAAAGAUUACAUAUUCGAUUUGUCUUGUUCUGAGAUCGAGUAUCCUAGAGAAUACGAUCAAUAUGCCAAGUAUCAUCGAGACCAUGAUGACAUGGUUAUCGAAAGGGUAAUGGUCGAGGAAGAAGAGGAUGAUGACAUAGAUAGCGAUUGCAUAAUAUUGAAGAGUAACUACAUCAACCCCUCCUUCACUGCUGUAGUGCGAAACUAUAAUAUCUCGUCGACUAGUUCUUAUCUGCAUAUCCCCAAGAUAUUUAGCGACAAGUACAUGAAGGAAAGCUUGUACAAAUUUGUCAUGUUACAAACAGGUGAUGGGAGGGAGUGGUGUGUAAAUUGCUCUGUUUAUCAGGAUGGUUUUGAUUUGAGAGGAAUAAUUUGGAAGAAUUGCAUGAAAGAAAACCAAUGGGACGAACAUGAAGGAGAGAAAUACACGUUCGUGAUGGUGGACAAGAAACGUUAUAACGUAACGUUUAAAGAGAUCAAAGAGAGUACUAGAAAUCUCAAAUGA